GUAACAGCAGUAGAAGAUGACGAUGAUGUAACCAACUGAACCUCGGAUUAUAAAAAGGAAAGGUUGUGAGUUUUCUACAGGAUACUCUGUUGACCUCGUCCCACAAACAAUGUUAGUCACUCAGGAUGUGUGUGACUAUUUUUCCCCCCAGAAAAUGAACUUCUUCUGUGGCCGCUGGUCAUGUGACGUGCGUCUGGACGGUCAGACUGUCAUCAUCACAGGAGCUAACACUGGAAUCGGCAAAGAGACAGCCAGGGACCUGGCCAAGAGAGGUGCUCGCAUCAUCAUGGCGUGUAGAGACGUGGAGAAGGCGGAGGGCGCCAGGAAAGAGAUCACAGAAGAUUGUGGAAAUGAAAACCUUGUCGUUCACAAACUGGAUCUGUCUGACACCAAGUCUAUCAGAGAGUUCGCUGAGCUGGUUAACAAGGAGGAGAAGCAAGUCAAUAUCCUGAUCAACAACGCUGGCAUCAUGAUGUGUCCCUACUCUAAGACCAAGGACGGCUUUGAGAUGCAGUUUGGAGUCAACCACCUGGGUCACUUCCUGUUGACCUACCUGUUGGUGGACCUGAUCAAGUGCUCGGCGCCAGCCCGCAUCGUUAACGUGUCGUCAGUGGCUCACACCUGGACCAGCAUGAGACUGGAUGACAUCAACAGUGAGACGAGCUACGACCAGGUCAAGGCCUAUGGACAGAGCAAACUGGCCAAUGUCCUCUGCACACGUUCACUGGCAAAACGACUGCAGGGCACCGGUGUGAGUGUGUUCUCCCUCCACCCGGGUGUGGUCCAGUCAGAACUAUGGAGACACCUGAACAAUCGUGUCCAGGUAGCGGUCAAGGUGUUCCGGCCAUUCACGAAGUCCUCUGUCGAGGGAGCUCAGACCUCCAUAUACUGUGCUGUGGAGCCAGGACUGGAGAAGGAGAGUGGAGGAUACUACAGCGACUGUGCGCCUGCAAGGUGUUCCAGGACAGCUUCGGAUGACGACUUGGCCCAGAAACUGUGGGAGCUGAGCUGCAAGAUGCUGGCCAUCACCUGGGAGUGAACACAAGACACUAGGCUGCAUCUCAAAUGGCCCCCUAGUCCUCAUGUAGUGCACUGAAUACAUUGUGGAUAUAAUGCACGACGUGGCUUUGGCCUGUAUAGGCAAAAAUGCUAUUUGAUAUUUGCCCUGAUUUUUUUUUUACAGUUAUUCUAUUCUCACUAUGUAGAUUGCAAUAUGUUUAAAGCAUUACUACUACAGUUGACGUUUACAUACACUUAGGUUGGAGUCAUUAAAACUUGUUUUUCAACCACUCCACAAAUUUAUUGUUAACGAAAUAAGGUUUUGGUAAGUCGGUUAGGACAUCUACUUUGCGCAUGACACAAGUACAUUUUACAGCAGUUGUUUACAGAUGAUUUUACUUGUAAUGAACUGUAUCACAAUUCCAGUGGGUUAGAAGUUUACAUACACUAAGUUGACUCGGCAUUUAAACAGCUUAAAAAAUUCCAGAAAAUGUCAUGGCUUUAGAAGCUUCUGAUAGGCUAAUUGACAUAAU